AUGAAAGCCAUUGUUAUGCAAGGCGAGCCUGGAAAGGCAUCCCUCGUAACCGACCGGCCAUACCCCAAGCCUCGACCAGGAUAUAUUCUGGUCGAUGUCAAGGCUGUCGCCCUCAACCCCACAGAUUGGAAACACAUUGACUACAUUAACACCAAGGACUGCUUGGUAGGCUGUGACUUUGCUGGGGUCGUGGCCGAGACCGGCACCGGCUAUUCCAAGCAGUGGAAAGUGGGAGACCGCAUCUGUGGCUUCGCGCACGGAGGGAAUUCGUUGCAGCCCGAGGAUGGUGCUUUCGCUGAAAGGAUCGCCUUCAAGGCCGAUGUGGGCAUUCGCAUUCCAGACAGCCUGUCCUUCGAAGAGGCCGCAUCCUUGGGAGUGGGCGUCAUCACCUGUGGUCAAGGACUCUUCCAAAAAUUCGGCCUGAAUAUGCCCAGUCACCCCACGACAGAGGGAGACUUUGUCCUCAUCUAUGGUGGGAGCUCAGCCACCGGGAUGCUGGGGAUUCAAUUUGCCAAACUCGCUGGGUACACGCCUAUCACGACCUGCUCGUCGCGUAACUUUGACCUGGUCAAGGCUCUGGGCGCAGCGGCCGCAUUUGACUACAAGGAUCCGGACUGUGCGGCUAAGAUCAAGGAAUACACCCACAACAACCUCAAGUACGUGUGGGACACCAUCUCAUUGCCUGCGACAACCCAGCUUUGCGCCGAAGUCAUAUCGCCCGGAGGCAGAUAUGGCAGCCUCUUGCCCGUCAAGUUCCCGCGUGACGACGUCAAAUGUACUCAGACACUCGGGUACACCUCCGUCGGCGAGCCUGUCAAGAAGCCGUUCGCCGACCUGCCAGACAACGCAGCGGAUUUCGAGUUCGCGAAAAAAUGGAUUGCAGAGGUGGAAUCUUUAUUGCAGCAAGGCCGGCUGAAGGUUCAUCCGCUCAAGGUUGGUAAGGGAUUGGAGAACGUGUUGGAUGGACUCGAUCUGCUCAGGCACGAUAAAGUCAGCGGCCAAAAGCUGGUGUACGUGUUGUAA